AUGGCACCCGAAAUAUCCCCAGCUCCAGCGUCCGGAUUUAGAAACCUGAGCGGUCCUAGUUUUUUGGUUGCCAUCAGAUCCUUGGGAUUCUCGGCUAUCACUUUCUGUUCUCUUUCCCGAUCUCAAGCGGUGAAUGCACAAAUCAGGCAUGAUUCCCCUACGCCUCGUCGGAUGCAGGCUUACUAUCCCAACGCUCCAGCAACUUUAGAUGUGGACUGCCUGGGCUUUCUAUGCCUAGAAUACGUGAUCUGGGAAUCGUCCCAGGUCACAUUCACUCCCACAGUUUAUAUUCUACUCGGAAUGACAAAACAAACCGAAAGCUUGCCAGAGGUCGUGGCAAGCGAAAACAAAUCACGCGGCGUCUACAUGGCCUACGCACCAGCUGUUCGCUACACUUGUCAGAGUUCCAGUCGGUUGUGGCAGCCACCCUGUCCUAAGCAUGCUGCACUCCAUAAAGGCGUUUGUACAUCUGUUUCCUCUGCGCUCAUUGGUGACGCACUGGACAUGGGAUACAUACCCCGGAUUCCUUCCGUUCGAUUUAGGCCUGGCUUUUCCAAGGCAGAUGAGGAUACGUCCAUUCCUCGGUUGACCACUGGGUAUUUGAAAGCCUAG